AGAAAAUUUACAGUGAGGUUGCGCAAUAGGGAUUCAAAUGGAAACAAGCGAACAAAACAUUUCUUUCUUUUUCAAGUAGAAUAGCCAUCGACUUCAUUUCAAUUAAAAACCAAUAUGACCCAUCAAACUAAUCACGCCACUUCUGUGGCUUGUUUCGCCACUUCAUUUGUGAUGGAGGGGAUUCAACGGUGCUCUGGAAUUUUCUUUUCGUGGACUUUGGACCAAUCAGAAGACAGUAGACAGAAAGCAGCAGUCCCUUUUGUUGUAGCUCGUGCUACAGCAUAUAUCGUAAGUGUAGUAUUCAAAGAUUUCCUUCGGAAUCAAAGUGUGGAAAACUCGCUCCAGUGCGGAAUCUUCCUGGGAAUUCUUGGAACAGCCCUCUCCUACAUCAGCAGUGACUUCAUCUGGAUGACCAUCUGUUGGGGAAUCAUAUUUGGAGCUGGAAUCGGCAUAUCUUCUCCAGAACCUCUAAAAGUGUCUCAGAAGUUUCGAACUCAGCCAUUUCUUUUCCUUAUAUGCUGCGCUGCACCUAGUUUUGCCUGCAUUCUUCUCCCCUAUUUCAUACAGUUCCUCCUCUCCUGCUACGGACUCUGCGGUUGCCUUCUCAUUCUGUCUGGAAUUGCAAUGAAUGCCGCCCCAUUCAUCAUGGUGGCAUCCUACAGGAUUCGGUUCCAGCUGUGGAGGAUACGGAAAAAAUACGAAAUAAACGACAUCGAGAGUCAAAAAACUUCGGAGGACAAUGAAUGUUUUGAAAUGGAGACUUCUUCAAUGCCUGCUCAGCCAGAUUCGUGCAUUGUUGAAAAGAAUUCCAUUUCUCGUAAGACUACUCUUCCACAUAAGAAUUCCAAUCUGUUGCCAAUACAGGAAGCAAACAAAGAAAUUCAGAUCCCGUCCAGAAAAAAUACGGGAUUAGUGCCCAAAGGUGGAGCUGCGCACGAGAAAGAUUUCAGCGAAGAAGAUGUUUUGUUUGAACUGAAUUCAAGCGCUCUAAGAAACCAAAAUUGCAGUGGUUGCAGGAACACAGCAUCUGAUGACACUAUCUCGUGCAGGAGCAGAAAAGCAACCAUAAGAAUCAAUCCCUUACCAAGCGUGAAUUCAUUUUCUAAUAAGGCUUUUUCGAAUGAUGAUGAACACGACACUGGGGCUGCUGCUGAGAAAUUACAUAACGCCCUUUUGAUAGACUCAACAACCAAUCUACCGAAUAACGGUAUUCUUAGGAAUAAGGAAAGCGAUACACCUAGAAUUCACACCAGUACUCAUCAAGGCGAUUUUCUGGUGGUGAAGACGCCAUUAAGCAAUAGUUACCCUUUAGAGAUUAAGGUUCAUGUUGUUGAAUGUACAUUUACAGAGGACGAUGUAAGAGAUGGAAGACUGCUUACCCAAAGCGUGCCAAACAUUAAAAAAGGCGGUUACAGGAGGCAUUCGAAUUCUCUGAUUACCAGCCAAUACAACAACAUUAACUUCUCUUCACCUAAUUUUUCGAAAAAAUACAGCAAACCUUCUAACCUGUAUGGGCGUUCGAGCAACCCAUCUCCCAAUAUGUAUUUGAUAUCCGAAGACGACGAACUAGCAGUCGACUCGCCGAGCAGAAACAACGACGCAGCACUCAGUUCCGCUGCAGUCGGGCAGCAAAAGAGUCAGACGAUGAGUUCUUUGAAAAAGAUUUUCAAGCCAACGUGCCUCGUCGUCAUUUACGCUUUUGUCAUACACGAAGUGACACUGGUGACGCUGCUCACUAUUUUUGAUGAUCACAUAGACGGACUGGUCUCUCCCGCUACAGGCGUUCUGCCAGCCUUCGGUCUCGGUGGCAUUCUGGGAAGGCUGAGCGUGAAAUACUGGGGUGACAGGCUGUUGCUGGAAGGUUCUCACGCCACGUCAGCCUUACUCUUCAUUCUGGAUGGAGUUGUGGUGGCAGGGAUAUUAUGGUCGCCAAACAUUUACUGGAUUGGAGGAUUUUAUGCCACACUGGGAUUUCUCGAGAUAGGUAUAUCCACUGCAGUGUGGAACCUUGUAUCCGACCAUAUUGAAGUAGACACCAAAUCAGCACUCUUCACUGCAUGCAAACUUCUGUGUGGAAUAUGCUCUUUAUUUGUUCCUUAUACUAUUGGUCUGUCACGUGAUGUGAUGGGAGAGUAUGACGGCCUCCUCCAAAUCACCAGCGGACUCUCUGUGUUGUGUGCCAUCCUCUGUUACAUUCUUCCCAAGUUUAGUUUCCACGUAAAGCACACCAGGGGAAGUUGAUAACGCUUUCUUAUUUAAUAAAAUAUUUUUUUACA